ACAGAAUAGUGGAAGACCUUCUUUUGGGCUUUUCUCAUGGCAGAGUUCUUCAAGGAGUUUUGCAGCUUUGCUGUUCAAGGACCCCUUGGGCCAUUUUCCAAACCUGGGACCUUGUCAUGAUGGCUUCAUGGCGGCCAGGGUGUAGACCGUCACAUCAUUAGAAUCCUUCUCCCUUGGAGUGUUGUUCGCACGCCACCGAUGGCGGAAUCGGAUGAGGCGCCGGAGGCCGCGGGCGCGGUGCCGGCGGUUGCGGCGUUGCGGUGGCUGCGGCAGCAGUGGCGACCGAAGCUGCAACUGUCGCCUGAGAGCCGUGAGCUGCUGGUGUCCCGAGCGGCGGAGCUGGAGAAGCAGGCGCUGGCCCAGGAGGCGCGCGAGCUGCAGGAACUGCAGCAGCGCUUGGAAAGCGGUUUCCAGGAGCUGAAUGGCCAGCGGCGGAGCGCCGAUGGCUUGGAGCGCAGCUUGGAGCGACAACGGCAGAGCUUAGAGGCCAUCCGUGGCGAGAACGCCAGGCUGCAGGCCCAAGUCUCAGACGUGAGGCAACGCUGCCAGGAACAAGUGGCCAAGAACGCCUCUUUAAGCGGAGACCUUGCAGCCAAGCUCCAGGCUCGGGCCGAGGCGCAUACUCAGGUAGCGCUGCUCCGCGCAGCGCUGGCACCGGCAGGCUCCGACGCAGCAGCCUCCUUGGAGGAGGAGAUCAAAAUCUGCCGAGCACAGAUUCGCCAGGUCUUGGAGCAAAACGAAGCGCUGGAACGGCGCAUCGCAGGAACGAGCAUGUGAAGCGAAAAAGAGAAUAAAGCGGAGUGGCGAGAUCGGAGAAAGGAUCUGAAUCAGGCCGUUGUCCCCAA